GGGGCUACCGUCUUCUGAUAGUUCAUCUUCUGUGUCUUUGAUUCAUCCGAACAAUCGAAUCAUGAAUCCAUAUCAAAAAUUGAAUUUUGACAAUCACAGCAUUUUAUUGCUGAAUGGUUCGUCACACACAGUAGCGAGUCCGUUCUUUCCUUCCUCCUAAUGUCACACAUAACAACAAGAUCCAACCUUCAGGCCAAUUCCUGCCGACGCAAUAGAAAUACAGAGAUCAGUAUCACAUCUGGCUCAGCCAUCUGUUAUUCCAAUUUUUCGUCUCGAAAAUCAAAAUCAAUCCCCUCAAACAUUGGAAUCAUGGCUCCAGAUACAGAGUCCAGCAUUGUUCGCAAAGCGCCAUUUGAAGUGCCAGCUUGCGAAUUCUAUGAACGAAGUACGCUUUUCCAUGGCGGAGAUAUGGUCCAUAUCAUUUUAGGGCCUUCCAAAGGCGAGACGGGCAAAGUAAAACGCGUGGUGUCUCGCGCUGUUCUAUCCUAUUAUUCGAAAGUCUGUGAGAGGAAACUCGGGUUGUUUGGAAAAAUAAGUGACACCGAUGCCAAUGGUCAGAAUCAUAAUAAUGCGAUCUUGGAGUUGAAUGAGUGGAAUACCGAGACUUUCGAUAUGGCACUUCAGUGGAUGCAUACUGGCAAUAUCAUCAUCGACAUCGCAAAAUCUCAACCUUUUGAAGCAAUCCGGUUGUUUAUUCAAUUUUUCAAGAUUGCCAAGGCAUUGGAACUCGAGGGCUCUUACUUGAAUGUGGUAAAAAACUUCACAGCUGAACUUUCCGCCGCCUCGGAAAAAGAAUAUGAUGAGGACGAGAAAUCUCCUAUGAUAAAUCCUACUUUUGAGGAAAUACUGAAAGAUGCAUUUGCACAUCCCAUUGAUGGACGGGUCCGAGAGCUCCUGGCGAGCUUUUUGCUCAAACCGUAUGUGAAGCACUUGCUAUGCUCCGAUACAAGUAAGACAAAAGCAAAGGAGUUUAAGAAGUUAUUUGCAGAAGUUGAAGGUCUUGAAUUGGAUGUUUUGAGAUUGGUUGGUGAAUCGUUGAGUAGUCUUUCGAUGGGCAAGGUGGACGGUGAUGGGUAUUCUACGUCGACGAUGUGGUGUCCGUUGACGGAGUUGAGAUUUGAUACUGGGACCAUGUAUGAGGUCAAGUAGGUUGUGUCGAAGGCGAGGUUGGGUAUUACUUUAGUAUUGGGGUUUUGGGUUGUGUGGGGGUCUUUGGGGGGUGUUGAUGGUAUUUGGAGGAUAGAGUUGAGGUCUUCCUUAUUUCCAUUUAUUAGUAACUAUGGCUUAGUUGCAUUUUAUUACACGUUGAUUUUACAUGGCACUUUAGUCUUGGGGGAGAACUGUGAGGCCAUUUCAUGCAAUGGGUUUUUUGUGAUAGUAUGUUAUUUUUGGGAAUUAACUCGAUA